AUGCCGUGCAACCGGUGGAAGCACCAAGCUCUGGCUUGUUCAUCCUUGCAGCGGCUAAGAUGCAUGACAAAGAGGGGUUGCAUCUCAGUGCUUGCAUUUGAGUUUGGGCGUGAGCGGCAGAGCCAUGUGGGUUUUCAGCCGUUUCUGUCCGCAGUCGACAUCCGCGACCAACGCACAACUGGCAGACUGUUACGGCCCAUAGCACCGGCGGAGAUGGGUGCGGUGAGACGCGCGAGCGCCUGCAGACGGGAGUGGUGUAACGAGGCGAUACUACAUUGGGACGGGAGCUCGACGGAAGUGAGCGACUGCGUCACGCAACAGGCAAACGUGUGUAGUUCGGCGCCUUCGGUGGUCAAGAUUGAACGGAGCUGCGUCGUGCCCGUGUUGGAGGCAGAGGUUUCGCCGUGUGGGGGAGCUGAUGCAUGUUUGGCUUCGGACGGUUCGUUGGCGCAGUCGAAAGCCGACAUCCGCGACCAACGCACAACUGGCAGACUGUUACGGCCCACAGCACCCGCGGAGCUGGGUGCCGUGAGACGCGCGAGCGCCUGCAGACGGGAGUGGUGUAACGAAGCGAUACUACAUUGGGACGGGAGCUCGAAGGAUGUGAGCGAUUGCGUCACGCAACAGGCAAGAGUGUGUGGUUCGGCGCCUCCGGUGGUCAAGGUUGAACGGAGGUGCGUCGUGCCAGUGUUGCAGGGAGGGGUUUCGCCGAGUGGAGGAGCUGACGCUUGUUUGGCUAACAGGAAUGAAAGCGCAGAGCAGACGCGCGACUGGAUGCUCCCACAAAAGGGCCUUAGUGCGUUAAGCGUGUUGGUGGCAGAUGCCGUGCAGCUGCAGGCGAAAGUGUGUAGUUCGGCACCUUCGGUGGUCGAGAUUGAGCGGCGCUGCGUCGUGCCAGUGUUGGAGGGAGAGGUUUCGCCGAGUGGAGGAGCUGAUGCUUGUUUGGCUUCGGACGGUUCGUUGGCGCAGUCGGAAGGUUCGGCGGCUACUGGGACUCUAGCAAGACUGUUCAACGGGUCUGUCGCUAGCAUUGGCUCGUAG